AUGGGUAACGAGAACGCCAACGAAACAAUAAGUGAAAAAGAAGUAGGCCAAUCACUUACAGAAAUACAAAGUCCUAACGGUAUUAUAACAUCACAGGAAAACUGUGGCGAAAUAGAAUCAAGCAAACAUGUCGAGGAAGUAGAAAAACAAUCAGUCGAAAUAACUACCGAACCUCAACCAAAAUCAACUCAAGAAAUAAUAAUUGUAAAUGAAAAAGAAAUAACAACUAAUAGUGAAGAAGAAGAUUGUAAUACUAACAAUAGCGAUAAUGGUGUAGACGGAAGUAAGGGAAACGAUAGUAAUAAAGAUGUUUCGGAUGACAAUAUCAAUAAAGAUAGUAAUGACAAUAAUAGUGGAGGUGACAAUAAUAGUGGAGAUAGUUACGACGAUAGUGAUAAUAAUGAUGAAGAAAGUAGUGAAGAAGACGACAUUGAAGUACCUGAGAAAUAUCUUGAUAUGCUCCAUUUAGAAAAAGUAGAUUAUAAUUGGAAAUUAUUUAAAAAUUUCGAUAGUUUAAAUUGCAGUGAUGAGGAACUUAAAAAAUUUAAAGCCUUCAAAAAAUAUGAAUGGAUCCAGUACAAAAGGGCCCAAAGAAAUUAUAAAAUGCUUGAAAAUAUACAAAAAAGUAAAGGACAACUUACACCACUCACAUUUCAAAAGAUGGAUUCGAGAGAGAUGUACUCAUAUAAUAUUAAAGAAUUUAAAGAUUUUAAAAGAGGAACUACAAGCAACAACGAAGAAAGAAGAUAUAUAGCUUGUAAAAAAGCAGAAUGGGAGCAACGUAGAAAGGAACACGAACAAUUUCAUAAAGAUCAUGAAACAAAGCAAGAGGAACGCCUUCUAAAAAAACAAAUAUAUAAAACAAAAAAAAACAAAAACUAA